UUUCACUCUUUUUUCCUCUUCAUUACUUAGAAACGGUGCAUAUCACGACGAUGUCGAAGAGGUUGGCUGUGCUACUACCGGCAGGAAACGGCGGUGGUCGGUCUUCUGUUGACUCUUCCCGCGAAGAACACUCGAAAAGAAAACGAGUCAGCACAGAUACUGCUUGCAAUGCAUGCCGGCGCAGAAAAACACGCUGUGACGGAACACGCCCGGCUUGUGCAGCUUGCCGCAAACGAUCAACCGAGUGCAUAUACGUCGAGAAGAAGGAAUCGCCGAGGCUUGGACAACCACUUGAGGUUUCUCAAGAAGUACUCGAGCUUUUGAGGUCUGCGUCAGAGCCUCAGGCCUUCGGGAUGCUGCGGAUGCUACGAGCAAAUGACGACUCAAACUCCGUUCUGAAUACCAUCAACGGUGGCAUGGAUGGAAUGACGUGGCCGUUCGAUCAUGGUAUAGGCCGUGCAACUCUCUCGACCCAGUUACCUUUAGAAUUUGAACUGAUGGUCAAAAACCCUGUCGCGUAUCCCGCUCCGCGUCAUGCCCCUCUAAGGGCGUCAGAAUGUCGCAUGCUUCUCGAACCAAGCAGGCUACGUCGAUCGAAAUCUCUCCGGCAUUACGGACUGCGAUCGGCCGAAAAUUAUGGUCAACAUCUGAACUAUCCAUCCGAGGAUGGCACUACGACGAAGCCGACUAAUAGCGCGCCUCCUUGUGACAACGACAACACAUUUCACUUGGAAGCUCCUCCUAGUGAAACUCCCGAGAGGAGUAGGAAAUCAAUCCCCGUCCUGUGCGACGAGCGCCUCAGAAAGCUCAAGAUCGAUUUUUGGACCGACGUUCCGGUCACCGACGACUUCGCCGCGAGGGUUAUAUCGCUCUAUCUGACGACCGAUCAUCCGCUUCUAGGCAUAUUCGAUCCACAUCUCUUCAUUACCGAUCUUGUCGGCCAACGGCAAGAGUAUUGUUCUCGACUCCUCGUUAACGCCUUAAUGUACUGGGGCUGUCAAAUGUAUACUGCCAUCGAGGAAAAGACAGUCCAUUAUAUCGAGCCAUUCUGCAAAGAAACGGAGAGGCUUUGGCUCCUUGAGAAGGAUAACACCAGCAUCCUCAACGCUGCAAGUGCGCAACUGUUAAGUUUGUCUUAUCUGGGCCACGGCAAAGAUCAUCACGUACUCGAAUACCUCGCUGUCGCUCUUCGAAUGGGCACACGCUUGUCCCUGUUCGGCGUAGAGGCACCCCAAGCUAAGAAAAACCUUGAACGCAUGUCUCGAGAAACACAGAGAGCAAACUCGUUCACCGCCUGGGGCGUUUUCAAUUGGGGAGUCCUUACCACGCUAUUUUACCAACAACCCGGACUCGAGUACCCCGUCUAUCCACCCAUCUAUCCGGUACCUACAGAACCAGUUCGUAGUGUAACUCGAGAUGAAUCAGACAGGCUCAGCUGCGAGGUUUCGGAAGAGGGUUUACCUCCUUACAUGGGUCAUACUUUCCCGGCGUUGUGUAGGUUUUGGCUCAUCAUACAUGACGUUACCCUGGCAUAUUACAAGAAGUGGCCGAACCCUCUUCCUGACCAUGUCUCACUUGAUUUCGCUGAGUUCAAGUUCCGUGAGCUCCUUGCUUGGAUUGAAGCCUUGUCCUCAGAUCAAAUGCUGAGGGAUGGCUGUCCUCAUCAUGUGGUUAUUCUACACAUAUGGUUUCAUGCCGCUAUCCUCGAUAUCUUCAGACCAUUCGUUCGCUCUUCGAGAUACGAAAGCCUCCGUCUCAAGACAUUUGCUUCUCGCCUAGCUUCCCCUAGCGCCGCCUUCAACGCAUCAGUCAGCCAGCUCAAGCGGCUCAUCGUAAGGUAUCGGUGCAACUACGAAUCGUCAGCAUAUACUCUUCUCUGGCAAAGUGCCCUAAUCUACGUGGCCAACGAGGUGCUGCACGAGACAGAGAAUCCGGAGUGGCGCUUCUACUUUCUCACCUGCAUAUACGCCUACGAAGGCCUUCGGAAGUCUUACCGGGUUGCCGAGGUCAUCACACGUGGUUUGCUCACAAUGUCGCUGAGAGACGGGCAUAUAUCUGGGACUGAGGCGCGACAGUGUCUUGAGCAUAUCCAGGAAACGCAAAAUAACCAUGCCAAAGAAGACGUACGAGCUACGUUUAUGGUUGACCUAGAUCUUGCAAUGACAGACCCGGACGCAGCAAAAGUUGAGAGCUUGGCAGGGAGAUUCGAGGACAUUGCGCUGUUUCGAGAUUUCACUAAUGCGGGCCAGUAAUUUAGGAGCUUUCAACGAAUAGAGUCGAAUGUUGUUGGUAUCACAGGUUAGAUGAUACCGUCUAGACGGUGUAGGUAUCGUGUCAUGGAAAGCGCAUCCUUUGAACAGCGGCUAGCAGCGCCGCAAAUAGCCGAAGCGCCGACGAUGACCCGAGACGCUCCACUUUCCCCUGUUGACGAACCAGGACCAGCUGUUCCAAAAUAGAUGCCAGUCUCCAUAUUCUGUGUAAUGCGCCCUCUGUUGAAGAAAAAUGAUUCAUCAUCCGCUCUCCUCCUUCUACUGUAACUUUUCUGAUCUGGGGCGCAUCCUCUUGGUGCUGCGACGGAAAUCACAACAUCACGUGUGGAGCUAUGUAUCUUGGUGUUCAUGGCGCUUGCCUUGCAUGUCCGAGUGUGAGACGGGAAAAGAGGACGCCGCAUGUCACGACCCCACAGAAUGCCUGGGAUGAGGUUGAAAAAAGGGAGGUGUCACGUGCUUUCUCGUCGGUAAACCCCUCACCGAGCCCCCACUUGGUAAUUGCGCGAUUGCCACCGUCCUCUCAGUUCGAGCCACCUCUCCGUCCCGACCUGUGCCUGGCGACCACAGCGCCCCUCAAGCUUCUUUACGACGUAUUCAGCGUAUUACUAAUGUCCUUGGCAUCGUCUGCGAUCAGGACGCACCUGUUGAGCUACCCUAGGCGUAUCCGACCACAGUGAUCCAACCGACAACAUCGACCUGGGCCCGCCUCCUCGUAUGCGACCU